CCAUCUCGCACCUUGUCUCAAAUUUAGGACGACUGCAAUUAACAAGAGCCGGGCAGGAGGGAUUGACUAGAAGCAACAUACAUGGUGGACCCCUCCGACAAGCGGCUAGCUUGCUGCCAACAUGGCCAAAGGCGGUGACCCGGCAGCCGCAGAGCGUAAGCGGCUCGAGAAGAAGCAGCAGCAAAAGAACAAGGCGCAGCGAGCCGAGGCGGCAAAGCUAGCGACUGUCAAGAAGGACACACGUUCGCUCGAGAAGGAUGUCAAGGAACUUGAGGCCAAGGCGCAGAAAGGGCCGCUGAGCAAGGCGGAGAGGGAAGAACUGGAUAAGCUGCGCGCUGAGCUCGUCAAGAUCAGAUCUGCAAAGGACGCGUACGUCGAGGCGCAUACCGAGCACCGCAAGUUCAUCUAUCCUCAUAAUCAAGAGGACAAGAAGAAGGAGAAUGAGGGCAAUGAAAACAACUCUGCCGGAAGGAUGAAAGCGAUAGGAGCACUGCUUGGCAAGAAUGGACUGCCAAAACACCCGGAGCGAAGCGUGUACUUUCAUCCGCUCUUGAAUCCAACAGGCGCCGCACCGCCUGGGAUGCCAUACCGUGAAAAGCUUCCGCACGAAUGGCCCGGCGCAAGUGCCGAGAAACUUGAUGGCGCGCAGGGUGACGACGGCAUCGCCAUGCCGUCCAGUCCACGGCCGGCCCAGGCCGAAGACGAAGGGCACGACUCAUCAGACACGGACAGCGGCCUGGAAGAUGUGGAAAUGCCAGAUGGUCCACCGCCUCCGAAACCACCGACAGGUCCACGGUCGAUGCACGUGCAGCAACAAGGGCCGACGUGGCCUCCCGGGGCUCCGUCCAACGGGCCUGGUUUUUACCCGAAACAUAUACCGCCACCUGGAUACGGACUGCCAGGCGUGUAUCUGGGUCCACCGCCAUCGCUGCAAGCCGGGAUGAUGCCACCCCCUCCUCCGUUUCAGCAUCAACAAUUUCCUCCCGGCGGGUUUGGGCGAGGGCGAGAGCGAGGAGGGGCGCAAGCGCAACUACAUGGGCGGGGACAUGGGCAUGGGCCUGGAGAUGGCCCUGGAAGAGGUAUGGGGCCGGGCCGGGAUCUAUCAGGAUCGGGUGUUGCUGGCACAAGCGUAAACCCGGAGGCGAGCUCAAGCUUGAGCGCUACGACGAUCAGUGCUGCACCGCAGCUUCGCGACCUCAAGCGCGAGGUGACAGAGUUCGUGCCGGCUGCGAUCCGCAAGAAGCAAGCGACGGAUAAGGCGCGUGCCAAGAUGGGGCUCCCGCCUGCUCAGGUCUCUUCUGCGCCAGGGGUUGACGAAGGCCAAGGCCGCAGUAGCAGUAGCAGCAGCGGGGGUUUACUUGAGAAGCUCAAGCCGCAAUUGGAAGGCUCAGCGCGGGGACCGGGGCCAUCUGCGGCAGGCGCGAAGGAUAGGGGCGCCAGCGCAGAUGACUAUCAGAAGUUUCUCGACUCGGUUGGGGAUCUGCUGUAGUAUUCCCCUAUGCGCUUCGCACAAAGGAUGGAGAGGCUUGAGUUGCCACUCGACGUUGUCCCUCGCUUGAAUGUGUUCGAUUCGCGCGCCCGGGAGAUACAUAUACGCUCAUGUGCACAGGCCCAAGCUAUGCGCCCGAUGGAUGCAAUGGGGCGGAUGGCUGGCUGCGCAUGCCUUUGCAAUGCUUCCCUGACUGUAUGGAGCAGCCGGCCUAGGUCAUGCAGGUCUGCAGGCGGGGAAGAGGAAAAAAAGGGGGGGGGGUGACAUACGUAGGCAAUUGUCGACUAAAGCAUCCACACCUAACGCCCUGAAGACCAACAACGCUUGCGUUUUAACGAAGAACAGUCAGAAGCAAUCGGCCAAUUGCUGGAGUUGACAGACAACGAGAACCACGCCAAUAGGCGCUUCAUCCUUCAAGGACGUGCUGGACGAGGGAAAUAAACUUUCCAUUUUCGUUCACGAUACCC